AUGGGAGUCGUCACAGUUGUAACUGAUGGUUUUUACUCGAUCGGGACACAAAAUGGGCAUCGGCAAAGAUUCACUAGAAAUCAACUGGCUCCAUGUGGGGCUGAAUUCUUCUCAAGCAAUUCAAUUCCGGACGAGGAGACGUCGCUGAGAACUGCUGUUGGGGCAGCAUCGAUCUCUGGGAGCCAAGGUCACGCUCAUUGCUUAUGCCUGAGCGGAUGUACGACAAAU